UGGUCGGGCUGUGAAACCUGGAGGUGGAAACUCAGACUCUCCGAACUGAAACUCUGAGUGGCCCAGGGUACUACAAAUCCUCGAGAAGUUUCACCGGCUGUUGUUGGGAAGCCCGGGUGUCCCCUCCUCGCUCGCCCGCUGCUCCGGGGACACCAGGGGAUACCGGGACUGGAGGAACCGGGCGCCACCUCUCUGAGCCUGGCGGACCUCGGUGCGCAGAGCCCGGGACGCCGAGUGGAGGCUGCACCCCAGCCACGCGUGGCCCGAGCAGGCGUCCCGCGGAGCCGGCUGUCCCCUGAAAUGUGACCCAGCUCCGCCACCCAUGCGGGGCCCCAGGGCCCCAGCGCCCCGCUGCCCGUUCCUGUCACUGCUGCUGCUGCCGCUGGUGGCGGCGCCGUGGGGACAAGCAGUUCCCUGUGUCUCUGGUGGUUUGCCUAAACCUACAAAUAUCACCUUCUUAUCCAUAAACAUGAAGAAUGUCCUACAGUGGAAUCCACCAGAGGGUCUACAAGGAGUUGAAGUUACUUAUACAGUACAGUACUUCAUCAGAUAUGGGCAAAAGAGAUGGCUGAAUAAAUCCGAAUGCAGAAAUAUCAAUAGGACCUACUGUGAUCUUUCUGCUGAAACUUCUGACUAUGAGCACCAAUAUUAUGCCAAAGUUAAAGCCAUUUGGGAAACAAAUUGCUCCAAAUGGGCUGAAACUGGCCGAUUCUAUCCUUUUGUAGAAACGCAAAUCGGCCCCCCAGAGGUUGCUCUGACCACUGAUGAGAAGUCCAUGUCUAUUGUCCUGACACCUCCAGAGAAGUGGAAGAGAAGUCCAGAAGACACUUCUGUUUCCCUGCAACAGAUAUACUCCAAUCUGAAGUAUAACGUGUCCAUAUGCAAUACUAGAUCAAAUAGGAUGUGGUCCCAAUGUGUGACUAACCAGACGCUGGUGCUCACCUGGCUGGAGCCGGACACCCAGUACUGCGUCCAUGUGGAGGCCUUCGUCCCAGGGCUCCCCCGCCCUGCCCGGCCUUCAGAGAAGCAGUGUGUCAGGACCUUGAAAGAUCCAUCUUCAGAGUUCAAAGUUAAAAUCAUCUUCUGGUAUGUUUUGCCCAUAUCUGUUACAGUGUUUCUUUUUUCUGUGAUGGGCUAUUCCAUCUACCGAUAUAUUCACGUUGGCAAAGAGAGACACCCAGCAAAUUUGAUUUUGAUUUAUGGAAAUGAAUUUGACAAAAGAUUCUUUGUGCCUGCUGAAAAAAUCGUGAUUAACUUCAUCAGCCUCAGUAUUUUGGAUGAUUCUAAAAUUUCUCAAAAGGAUACAGGUUUACUGGGAAAAAGCAUCAGUGAUGUAUCCAACCUUAAUGACCCCAAGCCCAGCAGGAACCCUGAGCCGCCUCAGGGGGAAGAGGAGGUGAAGCACUUAGGGUAUGCUUCGCAUUUGGUGGAAAUUCUCUGCGACUCUGAGGAAAACACCAAAGGUCCUUCCCACUCCCAGCAGGAGGCAUUCAGCAGAGCAAUACCCACCGAGAAAAGGGACCUAGAAUAUGAAUAUGAUGUAAGAACCGCUGGCAUUUCUGUGGGGUCUGAAGAUCCAGAGCUCAGCUUGCAGCAGGUGGUUUCCAGCCAGGGAAGCUUAUGUGAGCAUCGGGCAGCUCUGGCAAAAUUGGACCCACCAACAUCACUGUACUCACGUGCCCCUCAGCUCCGAGACUUACGCUCCCAGGCACAGGAGCACACAGACUCAGAAGAGGAGCCUGAGGAAGAGCCAUCAGCGACACUGGUCGAUUGGGACCCUCGGACUGGCAGGCUGUAUAUAUCUUCCCUGUCUAGCUCCGACCAGGACUCAGGCUGUGAGCACCCUGAGAAUGACCGGCUGGCAGAGGAGGGCCUGUUAGCCAGGCUCUAUAAGGCUCAGGCUCCAGACAAGCCACCGGAAGAAAAUGAAACCUAUCUCCUGCAAUUUAAGGAGGAAUGGGGUUUAUAUAUACAAAUGGAGAACUAAAACCAAACCCUCCCUUGGCCAGCACCCUCACGUGAUGAGGCAUGGGCGUGCCAACAAAAUGAGGGACCCAACAAGAUAGUACCUAUCUGGGAUAAAAGAAGUUUAUUCACACUUCUCAGUGUUCAUGAGAAUUACUUAUUUUCUAUGCUCACAGCUCUUGUCUGGUCUUGCCGCCCCCAAGGGUUGGUUCAAGUACAUGGGCCUCUUGUAAUGGCAGGGCUGGGAGGCACCUGGAGUGCUGUGGUUGGCCUGUUUUAUUAUACAGAGGAAGCAAUUAAUAGAUGUUUGCCCAAUUGGGUGCAGAAUUUAUUUAGGUGGGUUCGUUAUUUUCCUACAAGCAGACUUCUACCAUUGUUUUCUGGUUAUGUACCAUGUGUAUAUAGCAUUGUAAAAAUAUUUCAUAAUAAUCAUAUACAUGCUACUAUUUCAGAAUUUGGUUAUUGUGAGAAUGAAGCGAUGCUUAAAACAUACACACCUAUGACCACUUAUCACCACUAGGUUGGUGGUAAGUUGGUCACCUGUGAAGACCUCACCCCCCUAUUCAACCCUAAUAAUCCACAUGUAGAGUGAAUAAA